AUGGCUUCCCGCAAGCAGGUACUGCUCAUCUCACUGCACAAUCUGCCAUGGUUCGACGAAAUGUACGACGCCCUCCUUGCAGCGGUGAGAUCAAAGGCAGACCUUGAGCGCGCCGAGGACGCAACGUCAGCGCUUCGUCUCCUCACGCAGCAGCCGCCGCCAUCAGCCGUCAUCGUGACAGACGAGGCGCUCACCUUUGCCAAGAACACGCGCAUCUGGGACGCAACCAUCGAGUACGUCCGUCAGGGCGGCACCGCCGUGGUCAUGGGCCUCUUUCCCAGCUUCGUCCAGCCAGACAAGAUCAACCCGUUUUUCUCUCGGGCCGGUCUCGACUGGGAAGUUGCAUCGUACCGGAGGACUACCACGGUGCUGAAUCGAGCCGCAGUGGACACCGCGCUGGCCGCCAAGCUGCCGCCCAGCUACAGUCAAAAAGCCGUCUCUGUCAGGAACUUUGCGCCCACCGAGGCGUGGUACCAGCCCAGCGAGGACUCUUGUGUCACAGGCGAGUCGGCUGUCGUGUUGGCACGGCUCGGGAGCGGGAAACUUGGCUAUGUCGGCGACGUAAACGCCGAGAAGGGGUCGGAUGCCGCCAUUCUUGCAAUGUGCGGGCUUGGUUAG